UUUUCUUUUUCAACACUGUUUCAGUCAGAUCCGAAGGUAUUCAGUUGAUUUUUUUUGAGGUUCUAGGGUUUUUGGAACCUUUAUUUAUUAUUUUUGGAGUUUUAAAGUUGCUGGGAACAUUGUUUAUUGUUUAUUUGGCAUUAUUGUUCUGCUUUCAAGAUGUCAGAAGAGAAAAAACAGGCUUCCGCUAGUGGCAAGGAUGAGUUGAGUCGUGUAGGGACUCUGGAUAACUCUCCACUAGAUAUUUGUCCCAUCAAACUGGAUGGCACAAAUUAUUUACUUUGGUCUCGUACUUUUACAUUAGCCAUUGAAGCUAAAGGGAUGUCUGAGUUCAUUGAAGGCCCUGUUACUGAGCCUACUACUGAUGUUGAACUCAAGACGUUUAAGUCUCGUCGAUCUUUAGCCAUGACUUGGUUGUUUAAUUCUAUGAAGGCUGAUAUUCGUAGUCCUUUCUUGCUUUUUAACACUCCAUAUCAGAUUUGGACUAUUGCCACACAGACUUAUUCUCAGCAGGGCAAUGAUGCUCAGUGUUUUGAGUUGCGAAAGCGACUUCGUACUAUGGAUCAACACAAUCGAUCUGUUGCUGUUUACUUUGCUGAUCUUAGUGGGGCCUGGCAAGAAUUUGAUUAUUAUCAGGGGUUUCAAGCAGUCUGUUCCGUUGAUGCUGGUGCUUGGUUAAAAAGAAUAGAGAAAGAGCGUGUGUAUGACUUUCUUGCUGGUCUUGAUGUGGAGUAUGAUCCAAUUAGAGUGCAGGUGUUGGGUCGUGUUCCGUUUCCAUCUUUGGGCGAGGCCUAUGCCAUUGUUCAACAGGAGGAGAGCAGAAGGGGUGCUAUGUUACAAGCUCCUACUUCUGAUCGUUCUGCAUUGGUUGCUAUUCCGCAGGGACAGUUUGGGUCUGGCAGUGGAAAGUCUCAGUCUGGUACUACUAGUGGGAUCAUAGACCGUAUGUCACUCCAGUGUGAUUAUUGCCACAACACUGGACAUACCAAGGAUUUCUGUUGGAAGUUACAUGGUCGUCCUUCUCGUGGGCGAGGCAGUGGACGUGGAGGUCGAGGUCGUGGUCCCGGGCGUUCUCAGGCUCAGGCACAUGUUUCAGAGUUUGCUACCUUGUCUGAUUCUGGGUUCAGUACAGGAGUUCAGUCACCUUCUGAUUCUGUUGGCGGUUUCUCUCAGAGGGAGAUGCAAGCUCUCAGGCGUCUUAUGGCUCAGGCUGAUUCUUCCUCUACUAUAGCUCCUACUUCCACAGCAGCUCCUACUGCAUCUUAUUUUGCUCAUUCAGGUAUUCCAGCUAGUGCAUUUACUGCCUCCUCUGGUAUUCCUUGGAUUAUCGAUUCUGGUGCUUCAGAUCAUAUGACAGGAACUGGAAACGGGGAAGGUGAUUGGCAGUGGUAAAGCACAUGGUGGUAUCUAUUAUCUGGAGCAUGCACCUCAUCCAUCUCAGCCAUCUUUAUCAUGUGGACAAGCUCUACGGGCAGAUAUGAGUUCCACUCUUUCUUUGUUACAUCGGUGGCACCGUAGAUUGGGUCAUCCCUCUUUUGGGAUAUUAGAGAAACUUUUUCCUACUUUAGUUAAACAUUGUCCUAGGUAUCAGUUUUUUUGUGAAGCUUGUGAGUUUGGAAAACAUAAACGCUCUUUUUAUGCACCUAUUAAUAAACGAAGUGAUUCUCCAUUUAUGGUUAUCCAUUCUGAUGUUUGGGGUCCUUCUCCUGUUACUUCUUUAAAGGGCUAUCGAUGGUUUGUUACUUUUAUUGAUUGUUAUUCUCGUGCCACAUGGGUGUACUUACUCCAGUCAAAAAAUGAAGUAUUUUCCUGCUUCAAAUCUUUUCAUAAGAUGGUGUGCACUCAAUUUGAUACACAUAUUAAAAUUCUUCGGAGUGAUAAUG